AAACAUCAAAAAGGGAAGAAGAGUGUUUCCAUUCUUCACACACACAUAUGUUCCAAUCCUGUUUCGCCAUUUUGCUGGCUUCAUAUCUUCACACCUCCGUUUAAUUUUUCCACAUUCGGAGGCUAUUUAUUUAUUCUUCUCUUCGCGUUUCCCUUCUUUGUUUUGACCUGAACCUUUUCAGUUUUAGUUUCAGUUUCGGUUUUAGUUUCAGUUUCCGCAGCAUUUGGUGGUGUUAGUUACAAACAAAAAUUUGAAUUGCCACUGCACGAUUCGUUGCAUCUGAUUCUGUUAUUCAUCGGGGUUUGGUGAAUUGGGAAUGGUGAUUUUGAGUCUUGGGAGGAGGGGGAAUGAAAGAAGUGAGGAAGGGAAGGGAAGGCAACUUGGGAAAUACGAGUUGGGAAGGACGUUAGGCGAGGGCAAUUUCGGAAAAGUCAAGUUUGCAAGGGAUACUCAUUCUGGACAUCCUUUUGCAGUUAAGAUCCUUGACAAGAACAAGAUCACCACCCUUAACGUCUCUGAUCAGAUAAAGAGGGAAAUUGCCACACUCAAACUACUCAAGCAUCCAAAUGUUGUUAGAUUAUUCGAGGUCUUGGCCAGCAAAACAAAAAUCUAUAUGGUACUUGAGUAUGUGACAGGAGGGGAGUUAUUUGACAAAAUUGCAUCCAAGGGUAAACUUUCUGAAACUGAAGGUAGGAAGUUGUUCCAACAGUUGAUUGAUGGUGUGAGCUAUUGCCACAAUAAAGGUGUCUUCCACAGGGAUCUCAAGCUUGAGAAUGUACUAGUGGAUGACAAAGGAAACAUUAAGAUAACUGAUUUUGGUCUUAGUGCUUUACCCCAACAUUUCAGGGGAGAUGGAUUAUUGCAUACAACUUGUGGAAGUCCUAAUUACGUCGCGCCGGAGAUUCUUGCUAAUAGGGGCUACAGUGGUGCAACAUCAGAUGCAUGGUCUUGUGGUGUGAUCUUGUAUGUAAUUCUAACAGGAUACCUCCCAUUUGAUGACAGAAAUCUUGCAGUUCUUUACCAAAAGAUUUUGAAAGGAGAUGUUCAGAUACCAAAAUGGCUUUCAGCCGGUGCCCAAAACAUGAUAAAAAAGAUUCUUGAUCCCAACCCUGAAACCCGAAUAACAAUGGCUGCGAUCAAAGAAGAUCCAUGGUUCAAACAAGGAUAUGCUCCGGCAACUCAUGAGGAUGAGGAAGAGGACAUAUAUAUUGACAAUGAAGCCUUUGCCAUGAAUGAAGUGCAACUAGACGCAGAGCAAAGGAGUCCACAAUCACCAACUCUUAUCAACGCAUUUCAGUUGAUUGGGAUGUCGUCAUGCCUCGACCUCUCUGGAUUUUUUGAGAAAGAGGAUGUCUCUGAAAGGAAGAUAAGAUUCACGUCCAACCUUUCGGCUAAAGAUUUGGUAGAGAGGAUUGAGGAUAUUGUGACGAAAAUGGGAUUUCAAGUCCAGAAGAAAAAUGGCAAAUUGAAAGUUAUACAAGAGAACAAAACACACAAAACCCUUAGCAGCCUCUUAGCUGCGGCAGAGGUUUUUGAAAUAAGCCCAUCAUUGUAUGUUGUAGAAUUAAGGAAGUCUUAUGGAGAUGCAUCUAUAUAUAGACAGUUAUGCAAGAAGUUAUCAAAUGAUUUGGGUGUUCCUCCAAGGCAAGCGUUGCUUAGCUCUGAAAUGAAUUAGAAGCUAAGAUAAUAUGUAGGUUAUAGCUACUUAUAAGAAUUCAAUUGUAAAAUGCAUUAUAGAUUUAUAGUUAAAGGGUUAAUGAAACACAAAUAUGUUAAUAUUGUAAUAGCACCAAUUUUGAGCUUAGGAUCGUUGAACUGCUUAUGAUGGCAUAUCUAUGUAAAUAUCAAUUUCUUAAAAAGAAUGUGAAAUUCAAUUUCUUUUCUUUCCAA